CGUACGUGCUGUUGGAACAGCAACAGUCUCAGGCCCUUGGUGAAAAAGAGAAAGAGUUCUCCAAAAAGUCAUCUUUGUGAGAGCCCUGAAGAGGACAGUGGCUGCUUUUGUGCUGUUAAUGGCCUCGCGGUGCUUAUGCUCUUGUGGCUCUUGGUCUGUCUUGCCAAGUCAUUGCUUCUUGCCUGACCCUGGGCACUUGGUUCUAAGAUAGUAUUAAUUGGAUUAGCAUAAAAGUGGAGAACUUGUACACAGAUCACAUUACUGUCACUGCAGUCAGAGUUGCAGUUCAAAGAUGCAGAAAUGAACGAAUUAAGAACGCGACUUCAGAACUGUGAAAGAAAUAAACACUUAACUCAAACGGUUGUGCCACAAAGUAGCCCUAAAAAGAAUUUUGCAGUCCAGAUGAAAUCAGAAGGGUGUCCUCUGCAGCCUGGAAAAAGGUCUUUUCCUACAAAAGAGUCUUUCAAUGCUGAAACUACUGUCAGACCAUCUUCUUCUUCUUCAGGAAAUUGUUUUGCACAGACAGUUUCCAGCAAGGAAGAUAGUGAGAUGCCCCAUCCUGAGUUGUUAUCCAUAAAGCAAGAAGCAAUGGGAAGGAGUGGUUCUGGCAAUUCUGUACCUCGCCGAAACAUUCAAGAGGAUGGAAAAGCCACUCCAAAGACAAUCUCUCCCGGUUCUGCCUUACUGAGCGCUCUGCUGAAGCAGCCCUUGGUCUCUGGGUCCCUGCUGGGACUUUGCCAUCUUCUCAGCAGCAGUGCCGAGGCUCUGCCAGGAGCUGUGCUGCAGCCCGACCUUCUGCAGACGCAGUCCACGCAGAUGCCUGGCACCAGGACAGCCCCGGAAGAAGUUGCUCCUCUUGUGUCCCUGCAAGAAGCUCAGAAACUUGCAGUAACAGGACUGAACUUGAUCGCUAUGGAUGAAGGGCCGUGCGAAGGGAGCCCAGCAGGAGGUGGGAGUGAGGUCUUGUAUUUGAAACGCUGCAAGAUCCGAGGAGCUGUGCAUCUCUUGCCCUUGGUGGAGCACCACAUCGGUGCGUACUGUCGAGCGGUACAGACAGCAGACAAGUCAGUAAAUGCUUCUUGUGGGAACCAUUCAGUUGUUUCUUCCAGAACCAGCACAAGUAAGGUGUCGAGUAAGGAGGACUUCAGGUUGUCUCUUGAAGAAACAACAGUUCUGUCGCUAGGUAUUCUUUAUUACUUGGCAUUUUAUAGCUGGGACGUUGUCCACAUGUUGCUGUCUAAUGAGGUGGGAGAAAGUUCUACUGUUGAAGAAGAACAGGUUUCCAAGACGGACAAAAAUGCACUGUGUGAUAAUAAAGAAGAUGACAGGACACAAGGAGGGCUGCCUGAUGCUCCGCAGGAUGCCGAUAGUAACGUUCAAGCACAACAUUCUUUGUUCAAAAAGCUGCUCCAGGUUUUAGCUUUUUCUGCCCCAGGGGGCUCCCAGGUGGAUGGCAUCCUGCAGCAAAGCCUGAAAGUUCUGGUAAAACUAGCUGAAAACUCAACGAUGGACUUGCUAAUAAAUUUUCAGCAUCUCCUGAGCCACCAGGUGCUGCUCCGCUGCCUGAGCCCGGCGGUCCCUCUGCACACAGUUCUUCUGACCGUGAAGCUGCUGUCCAUACUUGCUCAACACCACUUGCUGGUUGCUCAGCUUUGUUCCCAUUCAGAUAGCUGCCUUCUUCUUGCACUGUACAUGUACAUCACAUCAAGACCGGACAAAUCGGCCUCUGAGGUGCGUUGGCUGCAGCUGGAGCAAGAGGCAGUCAGGCUCCUGUCCCGCUGUGUGCGGUUCUCCAGCCCAACAGUUUUACCCCCCGCUGCACACUGCCAGUGUAAUCUGGAGGUGGUUAAGGCACUAAUAAUAAUGUUACACAGACAGUGGACAAAGAUUAGAAGAUUUGAGAGCAGCUUGUGUGCACAUAAGGAGCAAGUCAUUCAGUUUUUAAGGGACACUGUUCUACUCUUACACAGCCUAUCUCAGAAAGACAAACUGUUUCAUGAACACUGUUUGGAAGUACUCCAUCAGUAUGACCAAGCUAUGCCAGGCAUUAGAGCCAUCCUCAGAAAAACUAAAAAACUGAACGCCUGCGAAGAGCUGAUUUUGGAUGAACUGUAUCCUCCUGAGCCAGAAGCAGAAGAUCAGGACUCCAGUUAGCCAUGUGGCAGUGAUCUCUGCCCGCACUUCAGUCAUCGUAAUCACUGCCAGAGUACAUCUGAUCUAAAUCAGCAAUUCUCCAAAGUGAUAACUCAAAAGUUGCUCUCCAAUGCAGCACAACUAAAACACAAUUCUUUGUUGCAGUUAUUCUACCUAAGUGCUAUCCAAAUGUGGCCGAAAACAAGGAAAUUGUGAUGUGAGGGAAAAAAUAAUACUGCAAUGUACUGUUUUGCUGUGCAAAACCACUGAAAGGAUGAACUUAGGAACGGUUCUGUUUAUGAGCAUCAACCUUCAUGAAGCUGCUGUGAAUGGAAUGGAAACCUUACUGUGCAUUCCCCAUUUACUGUGACUACAGCUGCAUUUAUGCUGGAUUUAUGAUGCUGAACGUCCUGAGACGUUUGGGGUCACUGAGUUCCUAUGCAAGUCUUGUGACAAUAUUUGUUGUUUCUUUUGUAACUGUAACACUUUCUUGCUUGAGAUCCGUAACUUUUGUGUUGAAAUUAGUAAAUUGUUUACUGUGACUUUUUAAAAAAUAAUGGCAGAAAUAACUUGUAGUCAGCAGUUCCGUACUGAGCAA